UUCUUCGCCGCCGACGGCCUCAGCACCUAUUUCACCACCAUCGUGUCCGUGAGGCUCUUCCAGGACGGUGAGAAGCGCCUGGCUGUGCUGCGACUCUUCUGGAUCCUCACCAUCCUCAGCCUCAAGUUCGUCUUCGAGAUGCUGCUGUGCCAGAAGCUGGUGGAGCACACCCGCGAGCUCUGGUACGGGCUCAUCAUGUCGCCCGUCUUCAUCCUCCUCCAGCUGCUUAUGAUCAGAGCCUGCCGGGUGAACUGA